GAAUAGAGAGCACCAUUGCCUCGAAAUUUCAAGGCGUCAAAUAAAAAUGCGGUCGCGACAUUGUCACAAAUUUCUUAUGGGGUUCGGAAGAUAUUUACUGAUGGACUCUUUUCCUUUACAGGAUAUUGCAGCAUGAAGAAGGAGCAAGUUGUCAACUGUCAGUUUUCGGUUUGGUAUCCGAUAUUCAAGAAACAUUCGAUUAAAAGUCUGAUUCUCCCACUGCCUCAGAAUGUAAUAGACUAUUUACUGGAUGAUGGCACGCUGGUAGUCUCUGGGAGUGACCAUAACACACAGCAGACACAUGCUAACAUCAGUGACUCGGACGCAGAAGAAGACAUUCAGUGGUCAGAUGAUGAGACAACCACCACUGUUACUGCUCCUGAGUUCCCAGAAUUCACCUCUAAAGUGCAGGAGGCCAUAAACGCCCUGGGGGGGCGUGUCUUUCCGAAACUGAACUGGAGCGCACCACGGGAUGCUAACUGGAUUGCACUAAACAGCUCCCUGCAGUGUGACAGCCUAAGCGAUAUAUUUCUGCUCUUCAAAAGUUCAGACUUCAUCACCCACGACCUUGCGCAGCCAUUCCUUGCAUGUAGUGACCAGGACUCCCCAGAUCCAGUCAUAAACUAUGAGCUGGUCCUGAGAAAGUGGAGCGAGUUGAUUCCCGGCGGAGAGUUUCGCUGCUUCGUCAAAGAAAACAAACUGAUAGCGAUCUCCCAGAGAGACUACACUCAGUAUUACCAGCACGUCUGGAAGCAGGAGGAUCAGAUCCGUCACGCCAUUCAGGGAUUCUUCAGCCAGCACAUCCAGUACAACUUCCUGGACGAAGACUUUGUGUUUGAUGUCUACAGAGAUAGCCAGGGGAGGGUGUGGCUGAUCGACGUGAACCCAUUCGGAGAGGUGACCGACUCGCUGCUGUUCAGCUGGGAGGAGCUGACGGGUGGGGGGGAAAUCGGCCAGCAGCAGGAAGGCCCGGCGUUUCGCUGCACCACCAGCGAGGUGACGGUGCAGCCCAGUCCCUGUCUGAGCUACAGAAUCCCGCGGGACUUUGUUGACCUCUCCACUGGAGAAGACGCCUACAAACUCAUUGACUUCCUGAAACUGAAGAAAAGCCAACAGGAAGAUUCUGAGGAGGAGGAGGCGGCGAACGCUCCACAGUGAAACAGCUUUAUCUGAAAGCUAAAGAGUAGCUGCUGGAGUCGCCAGCCCUCCAUAUGUUUUCUGUACAAAGUGACUCUUUACCGCUCUGUCCUGUUAGUUUCUUUUUCCCUUAAUAGUUAAGUUGUUACGUCUUAUUGAACAUGUUAAAUUAGCGGUAUCAUGGUAAUGUCUCUUUGAGGGUUCUUUUUCAUUUUUUUUUCAUUUUUUUAAAUCCCCGUCUUGCUGAUGGUAACGGCUCAGUAAGACAAGAAAGGGAAGCCUUUGCAGUGUCAAUUAGUCAUUUAUUACAGUUUGGGAGGGAAUGAUUCAUUUUUGUUCAAUGGGGGGGAAUUGUGUUACUGUAAGGGGAUGUAUUUACUAACACUAAAGAACACCUGAUUUUAUACCUAAAAUAUAGGUGUGUAUAACA